GAAUCCCUCGCCGUGCUACGCGAACGCUUCUGUUUAUUUAUUUACGUCUCUUGCGCGAACGGCGGCUGCUUCGUCUGCAUGACUUUGUAAAUCGCCGAAAAAAAGAUUCCAAGAAAUGGACGACAGAACAAAAGAAGAGUUAUUGGAGGAGCUCAGAAAAAAGGAACUUGAAAUCCAGACUUUAAAGGAGCAGCUUAAGAACCAGAGUAAAAAUUCUGCUGAAGAUAUUGAAGUAUUUACACUAAAAGAUCUCCCGUGUCACAAUUUACUGAGGACAAAUGCUGAACUCAAUAAUAAAGGUAUUGCCAGGUAUUCUCGUCAGUUGAUCCUACCAGAACUUGGACCAAAGGGGCAAAAGAAACUGCUAAGUUCUUCGGUUCUGAUUGUUGGUUGUGGUGGUUUAGGCUGCCCAGCAGCUAUCUAUCUUGCUGCGGCUGGUGUGGGGCGCAUUGGAUUGCUUGAUUAUGAUGUUGUAGAAAUAAGCAACCUUCAUAGGCAAGUGCUGCACACAGAAGAUCGGAUUGGUGUACCCAAAGCCAUUUCUAUAGCACAAUCUAUUAAUGCACUAAAUAAAGAUGUUGAAGUGUUGCCUUAUGACUUUGUGCUAACAAGUGAAGUCGCAUUACAGUUAAUAUCAAAAUAUGAUCUCAUUCUUGAUUGUACAGACAAUGUUGCUACACGAUACCUACUCAAUGAUGCUUGUGUCAUGGCAGACAAACCUCUUGUGUCUGGAUCAGCCCUAAGGUAUGAAGGACAGUUGACAGUUUACCACUACGAAGGUGGCCCAUGUUACCGUUGCCUUCAUCCAAAACCACCACCACCAGAGACUGUAACCAAUUGUUCAGAUGGAGGAGUUCUAGGUGCAGUACCAGGAACAAUUGGUUGUCUACAGGCCCUUGAAGCUAUUAAGAUUAUUACCAACAUUGGAUCACCAUUAUCUCAAAGUCUCCUCCUCUUCGAUGGCUUGUACGGCACAUUCAGGACUGUAAAACUGCGCGGUCACAAAAGUACCUGUGAAGUAUGCGGUGAUAAUCCUACCAUCACUAAACUAAUAGAUUAUGAACAGUUUUGCGGAGCAGCAGCAACAGACAAGGAUACAGGCCUGAGCCUUCUUGGCAGAGAAAAGAGAAUCACAGUCGAGGAAUAUAAAUCACUCAGGGAUUCUAAGACACCACACAUACUUAUUGACACAAGAUUACCAGUCGAGCAAGAGAUUUGUGCAUUGCCAAACAGCGUCAACAUUCCAAUGAGUCAAAUAGAGAAGGAGAAGAGCCGGGAUAUCAUCCAGAGCAAUUUGGCAAGUCAUGGAACCAAGAAAGUGUUUUGCAUAUGUCGACGAGGGAACGAUUCACAAAAGGCCGUUUUAGAGCUGUCACAGUUGUUAGGAGAAGAAUAUGAAGUCAGAGAUAUCAUAGGAGGGCUGACAGCUUGGGCCAACAAGAUAGAUUCUUCCUACCCAGUUUAUUAAGGACAAAUAUGAAUAAUUGACCAUAGCAUUAUCCAGGAGUUGAAUGUGAUUUUUAUGAUUGUUAUUGAUUUAAGUUGAAAGUGUAUUUUUACAGAUUUUCAUAAAGUGUUUUAUGCAAGAAAUGUUAAUAAACUUUGACAGCG